CUGCAACGUCCUAUCUCCCCUAUCUCUCCGCGAUCACCUCACUUGAAUCUCAGCUGCAUCUUGUCCGCCCUUCAGAUUACCUUGGGCCGUUCCUUGCCAGCUGAGCACCUUAGCGCCUCCGAUCCCAUUAGCUCUGUUCGCAGAGCAACGAACUUUGAUUUAUCAUGUCGAUCGUCACCAUACGGAACGUAGAGUUCUUAAACAACCCCGCGCGGUUCCUCGAUCCCUACCGGUUCCGUGUCACCUUUGAGUGCAUAGCGCCAUUACCUGACGAUCUAGAAUGGCGACUCAUCUAUGUCUCCUCUCCCGGGAACGAGGAUCUUGAUCAGGAACUGGACGACUGCUUGGUUGGCCCCAUACCAACAGGCGUCAACUCCUUCGAAUUCGAAGGUUCUUCGCCAAAUCCGAACACCAUACCUACCGAGGACGUGCUCGGAGUGGCAGCCCUUAUCCUGACCGGAUCGUACAAAGAACAGGAGUUUGUGCGCGUUGGGUACUAUCAGAAUACGGAGUACGACUCCGAUGAGUUGAAAGAGAAUCCGCCCAGCAAGAUUCAAUUCGACCGGCUAGUACGGGACAUCUCAGAAAAACCGCGAGUGACACGAUUUCAGAUAAAAUGGGAUGUCGCUCCCCCGCAGCAGCUGCAAGGCGCUGUCGGCGCUGCAAACUCGGCUGCAGUUCCGAGCGCGAACGACUUGGAGGGUGAAGACGACGGCGACGUACAGAUGGACGGGCCUAACGGCGCGCCCGCGCAGACGGUAUAGCCAUUGUAUCGUAAUGAGGAAGAAGCGAUACGGGUGUAUCACUAUUCGACUUUUCAUUUUCGGUGCUAUCGAGGCUAUUCAACAUCUCUCACUGGACUGUAUCGCUAUGAGGCUCGUGUGAACGCAUUCCGUAUUACGACAGUUGGCGACACCGGAAUGGUCGGAUAUUCAGAUAUUUGAUCGUGUU